AUGCCUCUGCCUCAUAUUAAAGUGUACUCUAGGCAUCCACCUCCUAUUUCAUGUCCUAUACCUGCUUCUUUAUCAUCAGAUCCGGUCCCAAGCGAUGAUCUUCCCAAUGCGCUACAUGAAGGUAAGAGUCAGUGCGCUUAUCCUAUUUCUUCUUUUUUUUCUUAUAAUCACUUGUCAUCUUCUUCUUGCUCUUUUAUUGCUUCCAUUGAUUCUAUCUUGAUUCCUAAGACUAUUCGUGAUGCCAUAUCUCAUCCUAGUUGGCAUAAUGCAAUGAUAGAUGAGAUGAAUGCUUUAGAUGAUAAUGGUACUUGGGACAUGGUAGAUUUACCUUCACGAAAACGGGCCAUAGGCUACUCAUCAUUGGCCUUUAUAUCAACUAGAUAUCAAGAAUGCUUUUCUUCAUGGAAAUCUUUAGAAGGAGGUGUAUAUGGAGCAACCUCUUUGUUUUAUUGCUCAGGGGGAUUCAGGGCAAUUGUGUAUGUGGAUGAUAUUUUUAUUACUGGAAAUGAUACUAGAGGAAUCUCAUCUCUUAAAUAUUUCCUUCAUACUCAGUUUCACACGAAGGAUUUUGGGAUGCUCAAGUAUUUCUUGGGAAUUGAGGUCACUCAGAGUAAACAAGGUAUUUUUCUAUUUCAAAGAAAAUAUGUCCUUGAAUUGUUGACCGAGACAGGAAAAUUGGGCGAAAAGCCUUGUAGUACUCCAAUGAGUCCUAAUGUGCACCUUAAAAGAGAUGGGGAACCAUUUGAAGUUCCUGAAAAAUAUCGCAGGUUGGUUGGAAAGUUGAAUUAUCUUACCGUGACCCGUCUAGACAUUGCAUUCUCAGUUAGUAUUGUUAGCCAGUUCAUGUCAUCUCCAACAAUUCAUCAUUGGGCAGUGUUAGAACAAAUUUUGUGUUACUUGAAAGGAGCACCAGGACGAGGUAUUAUGUACGCAGAUCAUGGGCACACUCAUAUUGAGUGUUUCUCAGAUGAAAAUUGGGCAGGUUCCAAGGUGGAUAGAAGAUCUACAUCAGGUUAUUGUAUUGUUGUUGGAGAAAAUUUUGUCUCUUGGAAGAGUAAGAAACAAAAUGUUGUGUCACGAUGCAGAGCAGAGUCAGAAUAUAGGGUUAUGGCACAGUCUGUGUGUGAGGUAAUGUGGAUCUAUCAACUAUUGACUGAAGUAGGACUUAAGACUUCAGUACUAGCAAAAUUGUGA